AUGAGAGCCCUUGCUCACCUCACUCUUCUCAGCCUCGUUUUUGCAACCUCAGUUGUCCAGUCAACCACAACCAACGUGGCCACUUCAGGCAUGAAUACAGCUACCACCAUACCAACUUCAUCUGCUACUCCAACUUCGUCUACUACUCCCACAGAAGUGUCAUCUUCUUCUCCCACAGAGGUGCCAUCUACUAAUCCCACAGGAUCUCCGUUACCUACUGCCACUCCCAUGGUUCCUGUAUCAAGUUCAGUUCCAGCCUCCAUGGUCACACCUACAGAAAAUAAAACAAACACAACUGCUAAAACAACACCUAUAGCUGCCACUAACACCAUCCCCCCUGGAAGUGGCAAUUUGGGUUCAACUGCUCCUCCAACAAGUAAUGGAUCGACCAUCACCCCAGGCACACAGAAUAAUUCCUCAGAGGCUGUUACUCCAGUGACUUCUGACAGCAUCACUUUGUCCACAAUCAGCACCCCAAGCCCCAGUCCCACAGCUCCCAUGACUCCUUGCCAAAGAGCUCCCUGUCAAAAUGGUUCUUCAUGUGUUAGCCUGUACAAUACCGAUUUUUGCCUGUGCUCAUUGGGAUAUUACUAUAACUCUUCCACCUGCAGAAAAGGAAAGUUAUUCCCUGGAAUUAUUACAGUGAGAGUAUCAGGAACAUCUGGUUUGGAAGAUGGAAAUUCUUUGGCCUAUCAAGAAUUACAUAUUCGAAUUACUGAUUUUUUUAAAAGCACAUUUGCCAAUUCUGAUUACGGACAGACUGUGAUCAAUGAAGUAAGCAUCUCGUCUUCAGCAAGAUCAGAGAUGCGUGCUGGCGACAGUGCUGUUGUGGUUAAGGUCUUAAACAUCUUCGCAGAAACUACAAAAGAAAAUGAGACGACUGUGUAUGAAACAAUUACAAAAGCAAUUCAAAACAACAUGAGUGAUAUGAAAUACAGUGCUCGAAGUCUGUGUGAUUAUUACGGUUGUGAACCAGAGAACGAGAAAGACAACUGUAACAAUAGUGUGCUGUGUAAAUGCAAGCCGGGGAUGGAAAGACCUAAUGCCCAGGUCCCUGUGUGUGUGGCUUCUGCUGUCAGGUGUCCCGACACUUGCAAUGCAAACCACAGUAAGCAAUGCUUAGUGAACGAGAACACUGGGAAGGCUGAAUGCGUGUGCCUGCCAGGCUACAAGGAGAGUGAUGGCGGGAUCUGUCAAGAGUGUGCGUUUGGUUACAGUGGAGUUCGCUGUGAAGACCAAUUUCAGCUGAUCCUCACUGUCGUGGGCAGCAUUGGCGGUGCCCUCAUUCUCUGCCUGGUGAUCGCACUGAUUGUCUUAGCAAGCUCAAAGAACAAAAACAAGAAUAUUGAAGAAGAGAAUUUGAUUGAGAACGACUUUCAAAAUCUGAGACUGCAGCAGACGACGACAGGCUUCAGCAAUCCUGGAGCAAAUGGGAGCAUCUUCCCUAAAGUCAGGGCAAAUGUCCCUGGUCAGCCACAGAAUCCCUAUGUGCACCAGAGGAGCUUGCCUCGCCCUGACUACUAG